GGCGUGCCGGCUGGUCGCGGUGGGCUACCAGCUGGGCGAGAUGGCGCGGGCGCUGGCGCCGCUGCGCGAGACGUGCCGGCGCCUCGCGUGCGACGUCCUGCCGGGGGCCGUGCAGGCGCCCGCCCAGGGGCUGGUCGAGCCGCUGUGGUUGAUCGCUGAUACGGAGGCGGCGUGUCCUGGGCUGUUUCGUUGGGUGGAUCCGCCCGAGCGGCCGCUGGUUCUGGGUUGGUCGGCGUACGCGGGGGAGUUGUGGGCUGAUUUUACUUUGCAGGAGCAGGUGAGGCAGCAGUGGGAGCAUUUCAGGCGGUAUAGGGGGACGCUGGCAUGCUUCAACGUGAAGGAGGUUGAGGGUUUGUACGGGCAGGUUGAGAAGUUGAGGGAGAUGGCGGUGGUGGUGCUGGGGCAAUUGGAGGCGAUGGAGGAGUUGUCGAUGAAAGGGGCUGCGUGGUUCGGGUGCGGAAGGUGCGCGGGCCGUGUGCUUGUGGUCUUGCGGGGUGCAGUGCGUUCGCUCGGGGAGGCAGAGGUUAAGUUGCGCGCGGAUAUCGGCGUGUUGCAGGACCUGGAGGUGACGGUACACCAGAAUGGGAAAGAUAAUCGUCCUCUUCCCAUCGAUGAACAAACUCUUAGGGAGGCCUCGGAUCGGGCAGCCGAUUUGGCGCAGGAGACUGGUAGAAUUAUGAGCCGGCUCUGGGGAUGGAGUAAUGUCAUUGAGGAUGUGGAACAUACCGCUCGGGAGUUGGACCUGAAGCGAGCUGAGGAUCUAAAGUUGGAGAUGGAGAGAAACACGAAGGAGAUGGAGAGAAACAGGAGAUAGAUAGACUAUGAUAAUUACAGUUGAAGUACAGAACUUGCUGUUCUGGCGGCCGAAUUUGGCAGGGCG